CGACAAAACUCCUGUGUUGCGGCGUAAGCAGAGCAGGCAGACGCACGCAGGUCGGACUUGCCCACAGCAUGUCCUUCAAAUGCUCCAAUGCUCUGACUAUUUUUUCGUUCGUUUUCCUUUUCUGAAACAACUCUAAACUUAUCGAGGAAGAGCACCCGCCUAUUGACACUAUGGCCCGAUUCGUACCAAAACAGGCGCUUCCUUUGGAGGCAAAAUACUAUGCGGAAAUCCUGGGAGAUGGCACUCAAGACGUUGCCAACCAAAUUGUUUCUUACAUUUCUCCUCUACCAGAAGGUACUGUUCUGCACGAUAAUGCCUGCGGCCAGGGAAUCGCUUCAAAAGCCAUCAUGGCCCAAUCGCCAAAGUCCAUCAGUAUUCACGCAACCGACAUCUGGGCGAAAAUGGUCGAGGCGACCAAGGCUGUGGCCUCCCAGAACAGUUGGCCAAUCGAGUGCGCCACGAUGGCUUCGGAAGACCUCACCUUCGAAGACAAUUUCUUCACGCACACCGUCAUGAACUUCGGUAUUCACAUGGUUAAAUCCAGUGCUGCUGCUGCUUCCGAGAUUUAUCGAACCCUGAAGCCGGGGGGCACGGCGAUAUUCACCGUGUGGGCAGACACAAUAUUGAUCGACGCCGUCAAUUCGGGUCAUGAGCGAACUCGAUCUGCGGGAACACCGCCCCCAACAGGGGUGACAAAGCAUUGGAUGGGAGUAAACCAGGUGUCUCAGGUUCUAGAGCAGGCUGGUUUCGACCAUAAGAACAUCCGCCAUGAAACUGCAGCGACCAGUAUCGAGGUACAGGAUUCGAGACGCUGGGCCCAAAUCGUUUGGAGCUUCAUGGGCGCCUUGGACUCCGGAUGGGAAAAAGAGGACGAGACAAGAUGGGAAGAGGCUGUUGAUACGGUUCAGAAGGUUUUGGAGACAUGGGAUGGAUUCAAAAAACAUGAAGAGGGCGAUGGGAAAUUGACGAUGACUGCUAAUGUCGUAAUAGUGACUAAAUGA